UAAAGUUGUUCUGUGGGUAACCUGGUGCUGGCCUUUGUGGGUUUGUGUGUGUGUGUGUGUGUGUGUUUUUCCAAAUAAUUAUUAUUGAUUUGUGAAUAUUGUUUCUGGAGGAAAAGUUUGGUACUGUCCUUUUUGGGUCUGGUCUUUCUAGUUCUGUUUCUUUUUCUUCUGAUCUUUAUUAUGGGUAUAUGGUGCUUUAAUGCUUCCUCCUCAUCCUCCUAUGGUCUCCAUCUACAAUGAUGAAAAUUUUUACCUUAAGCAAAACACUUAUUUGAUAUUUUAGAUCUUUUUUUUAAAAAAAAAGUAAUUUCAUCUAUUCCCAAGAUCAUCUUGGAGUGGCAGAAGGGUAAAUAAAUGAAGUUGCCAUCCACCAAAUACUGCUGUUAUUUGCAAGAGUGUUUUUUUCCACCCUGGUAAAACUCAAUUUGGUAUUGAUUGAGUCAAAAAGUAAGGAGUUGUGAUUUAUUUUUUAAAAUAUAAAUUAAAUCCGAAUCAAGAUUUGAGCAAGGACUGGAGAUGCCCUAGCCUAGUAUUUGGAUGAGAACAAAUCGUUGAUUCUUAAGAUUGUCGAGAGCCAGAAUUCAGGGAAACUAAGCGAGUGUGCAGAGAACCAAGCGAGGCUUCAGCGAAACCUUAUGUACCUAGCUGCGAUUGCUGAUUCUCAGCCUCAACCACCAACUAUGCAUUCUCAGUUCCCUCCCAGUGGCAUUAUGCAGCCAGGAGGUCACUACUUGCAGCAACACCAACAAGCUCAGCAGAUGACUCCCCAAUCGCUCAUGGCUGCACGUUCUUCUAUGCUCUACAGCCAACAACAGUUCUCGGCACUGCAACAACAGCAAGCCUUGCACAGCCAGCUUGGCAUGAGUUCUGGUGGAAGCAGUGGACUUCACAUGCUUCAAAGCGAGGCUAAUAGUUCUGGAACCACCGGUGGGGCACUCGGAGCUGGAGGGUUUCCUGAUUUCGGGCGUGGCUCCACUGGGGAAGGCUUGCAGGCUUCUGGAAGGGGAAAGCAAGAGAUCGGAUCUUCUGAAGGGCGAGGUGGCGGGAGCUCAGGAGGAAAUGGUGGUGAGGGGGGCGAGUCUCUUUAUUUGAAGGCCGGUGAAGAUGGUAAUUGAGAGGUAAGACGUUCUUGGCUUAGUGACCUAUUUUAACUUCUGAACUUGUAGGUAAGUUUAGGCAGGAUGAUUAAGUAUUUUGAAAGAACGGAGGAUUAGCUGCGUAGACUACUUCUAGUUAUGUGAUACAAACUGUCAGGAUUGCUUUCCAAGCUCAGGUUUUGUGCCUGAAGUUUUAAGAUGAUGUGUGUUAUAUGAUAGUGUAUUAUGUAAAUCAUGUAGGUUAUAUGAUGGUGUGCUUUGAGCUUUGUUAACUGUGUUUGUUUCUGCUUUCUU